ACUGUCCAAAGUCCCAGGCACUAGAGAUGCCAGGUUCUGCAUGCUGGGACACACAGACACGCAGACACAGAGACACAGGGCUCAGGGCCCUCCUAUGGACCCUGCCUCCUCCCGUGCUAUUGUCCAGGGCUGUCCACCCACCCCAGUUCUCCAGGCAUCAGCCCCCUCCUCAGCCCGGGACCUGUGUGGCACUGAGAGACCCAGGAGUCAGACCUUAAGACUUCAGCAACUCCAGCUCUGGUCAGCCCCAAGUCUAGCCUUGACUCAAGCCUGAGCCCAGCGCCAGCCAUAUCAUGACAAAGGAGUACCAAGAUCUUCAGCAUCUGGACAAUGAGGAGAAUGACCAUCACCAGCUCAGAAAAGGACCACCUCCUCCCCGACCCCUCCUGCGGCGUCUCUGCUCUGGAUUCCGCCUCGUCCUGCUGUCCCUGGGCCUCAGCGUCCUGUUGCUGGUGGUUGUCUGUGUGAUUGGAUCCCAAAACUCCCAGCUGCAGGAGGAGCUGCGGGCCCUGAAAGAGACAUUCAGCAACUUCACAGUGAGAGUGGAGGCCGAGGUCAAGGGCCUGAGCACCCAGGGAGGCAGCGUGGGAAGAAAGAUGAAGUCGCUGGAGUCCCAGCUGGAGAAACAGCAACAGGACUUGAAAGAAGAUCACUCCAGCUUGCUGCUCCACGUGAAGCAGUUUGUGUCCGACCUGCGAAGCCUGGGCUGUCAGAUGGCGGCCCUCCAGGGCAAUGGCUCCGAAAGGACCUGCUGCCCCGUCAACUGGGUGGAGCACGAGGGCAGCUGCUACUGGUUCUCUCGCUCCGGGAAGCCGUGGCCCGAGGCGGAGAAGUACUGCCAGCUGGAGAGCGCCUACCUGGUGGUGGUCACGUCCUGGGAGGAGCAGAGGUUCGUCCAGCACCACAUAGGCCCCGUGAACACCUGGAUGGGCCUCUCGGACCAAAAUGGGCCCUGGAAGUGGGUGGACGGGACAGACUACGAGACAGGCUUCAAGAACUGGAGGCCCGAGCAGCCGGACGACUGGUACGGGCACGGGCUGGGGGGAGGCGAGGACUGUGCCCACUUCACCGAGGACGGCCGCUGGAACGACGACGUCUGCCAGAGGCCCUACCGGUGGGUCUGCGAGACCCAGCUGGGCAAGGCCAGCCAGGAGCCGCCUCUCCCCUAAUUUAUUUCCCCAGUGCCUUGACCUGCCCAGGAAUCCUCCUAUCUGCGGGCCUCCUCUGCCUUCUGGGGGAUUUUCAUCCAGGAUUUUAAGGGAAGGGGAUAGCAUGGUGUCUGAGGAAAGUGGGGUGACAUUUGGAGGGGCGGGGAGAUCGAAACCCUUGUCACUUUCUGCAGUUUGCCAGUUAUCAUUGUCAACUUUUUUUUUUUUUUUAGAGUAAAAACAAGAGAAAUAUACCGAAA